UUUUGGUUUGCUGAUCCACAGAUUUGUUUUACCACUGCCAAUAUUAACUCACAUCGAAGGGUAGAAUUAACCCUACCUGAAGAAUGCAGCACAUUACUGACUUAAAGCAUUUAUCUACAGUGAGUCCAUCAUCCUCCAUGGCUCGUGCAGCUGACCCCUAUCAGCACGGAAACAUUAGGAUGAACCUGGAGUACUCAGAGCUCUGGAAAUCCUUUCAUGAGAUUGGGACUGAGAUGGUCAUAACCAAAUCUGGCAGGAGGAUGUUUCCAUACUGCAACGUCAGUGUGUCUGGACUAGUACCCUAUGCUAAGUAUGUCAUCAUGGUGGACAUGGUGCCGGUGGACAGUUCUAGGUACAAGUGGAAUAAUGAGCAGUGGGAGGUGGCAGGGAAAGCAGAGCCACAGCCCCCCUGCAGGACAUAUGUCCACCCAGAUUCUCCUGCUUUGGGCAGCCAUUGGAUGAAGCAGUCCAUUUCCUUUCUCAAGCUGAAGCUCACCAACAACCCAUUGGACCAGAGAGGCCAUAUCAUUCUGCAUUCUAUGCAUCGCUACCAACCUCGCUUCCACGUGGUGCAGGCUGAUGACCUUUACAGCGUGCGAUGGAGUGUCUUCCAGACAUUCACAUUCCCCGAAACUACCUUCACUGCAGUCACGGUCUACCAGAACAGCAAGAUUACAAAGCUGAAAAUAGACCACAACCCCUUUGCAAAGGGCUUCAGAGAAGAGGGAACCCAUGGCAAAAGGCACAGAGCACAGAAGAGUCAAAUUUGUCCGGAGAGUUCAGCUAAGAAAUUGAAGACUUCAGACAAGGAGCCAGAAUUUACAUGCUUUUCAGAUUUGCCUAGGCUGCCAUAUGACCCUCAUAGAGAGGAGUCAGAAGGUUUGCUACUCUCCAAAGAGGUCCCCAUGGCCCAGGAUGAGCACAUGUCUCCUUGGGGAGGGGAACAGGAUCCUGCUCACAGUCUGCACGGUGAAGGAGCAAUGGACUACAGCAACUCUGAGCAGCUAGUCCCAGGACAGGCCAGUUACCAACCUCACCGCAUCCAUGAGUUCGAGAGAAUGCCUUCACCCUCCCCUUGCAUAGAUGGCCAAGUUGACCACCAUAGUUUCGAGUCAAGAUCCACCGACAUGGCCACUGUCCCUGAGCAAGAGGUCUCUAGACCCCUGCCCACCAUGAACAUGGGCCCCACACAGUGCAGAGCUCUGGACUUCUCCAUGACCCACAACAUCCCUGCUUGCUCAAAAAGCAGGCCAGGCAUUAGCAGUCAUCCACUAUAUGGCCAUUACAACACAGAGCAACCUUUAGGCCACUGGAGUGGUGCUCUACCCGGGCAGUACUCAAGCCCUGCUUACCCUCAUCCACACCAUCUCAUGUCAGAACACAGCCUGCAUCCCUCUGGAUAUCACCAUGGCAAUGUGGCUGAGUGGAGUCAGUACUCUCUCUUCCCCUACUCCUGCUGAGCAGAAGCACUGGAACAAAAAGACAAUCAGUAACUAGACUGAGACCAAACCAAUAGAAAAGAGCCAGAUAUGAAAAAGACUUUCUUUUUUUUAUUUCUGUUAUUGCUCCAUUCUUCUCUUGCAUCAUCUGAAAACAUAAGAGGACAAGGCAAAAAGAAACUUUUUUUCCCUUUUUCUCUUAUGUCUGAAGACACCGAUGACAGAGAUACAAUGUGAAGGACUAGUUUGAAUGGACAAUAGCAGACUUUGCCAAGGCAAACCACAUAACGUGGCUGUAUAUGUGUGUGAAAAAGAGAUUUAAAAUGAGCCCAGAUGUGCUUAUCUUGUACAUGUAAAAUUAGCUCAUAGUGAAGAAUUACUUGUUUCAUUGUAUCUGAUUAGAAAUGUUCUAAUUGAAUAUUGCCCAUUCAGAAGAAAUAAUGCAAUACAAUAUUGAAAUAACUC